AUGGUCCAUCGAUCUGCUACUCACGCUGGGUCUUGGUACACCUCUUCCCGUCAGGCUGAGACGACAGAGGAGACGCAAGAUUGGCGAAAGGUCGCAAUGCCAGUGCCGAUCAGUCACUGUAAGGCGGUCAUCGCGCCGCAUGUAGGAUACUUGUAUUCUGGUUUGACUGCUGCUUGGGCUUAUAAGACCAUUGAUCCUUCUGUGAUUUAUCCUUUGUCCCAUGUUUACCUUGAUGGAUGCGCACUGUCUGGAUGCGAAGCAUACGAGAUUCCUCUAGGCAAUCUUGAGAUUGACAUACAAGUUUCGUCUCAAUCUGUUUCAAUCUUCAUAUUUCUGCUCGGCCAUCUCAGUUACCUUGGAAUUGGCGCAAUGGAGAUGGAUAUCAAAACUGAUAAGGCCGAACAUAGUAUCGAACUCCAUCUUCCUUAUGUCCGACACAUUUCAAAGAGUUUUCAGACCAUCACCAUUGUCCCUAUACUUAUAGGAUCAAUAUCUUCUGAGGAAGAACUUAUCUAUGGCAAAGUAUUGCGACCCUAUCUCCUCUCACCGGAAAACCUUUUUGUCAUCUCAUCUGACUUUUGUCACUGUUUUUCCUACACUUAUUAUAAAGACCCGGCGCGCAAAUUGAGUUCCGGUGCAUCUCCUCCAGCAACGCCAAUUUACCAAUCAAUCGAGGCAUUAGACCAGGAAGCGCUUAAGAUACUUGAAAGCCUGUCUCAUUCGGAAUUCAGCCGUUACCUUUCUCAAACUAAGAACAAUAUAUGUGGUUGUCCAGUCAAUGCGUCCCAGCUUUUGAUAGUAUUGUGA